GCUGUAGCUAAUAUGGCGGUGACUCGGCGCAAGCUGUAUGAGCCUAGCGCUGAAGACCAGGCCUCGAACCAAUCUGCGGAGGAAUCGCCCAAGAUAAAGCCAAUGCCAACAAGCAGGAAAAUAAGCGCUAUAUUCUUCUUUGCUCUUAGUGCCUUCAUCAUUCUGUUCUUGCUGUAUACCACGUAUCAGAGGCAUUGGAGGGUGAACACCAUCAAGUCAGGCUUAGUCGACAUCGAGAAGGGAAUUGCUCUGCCACAAAACAAACGUAUACUGGUUGGAGUAGGAGGAUGUCUUGAUAUAUUCGUGCGAGCAGCGGAUCUGAUGGACGCUCUGUCGGUCUCACCGCCCGAAUCUAUUGGUGACCCUCCUCAGGGUCUCAACUCUUUGGAAGACGUUGUCACAGAAUUCUUAACAUUCUUUGUUGAGGGGGCUGCUGCUGAGCGGUAUGUACAAUCUGAGGAACUCUGGUUGAAGAUUAGAGCUGCAGCGCUUAGUUUAGGUCCUGAGUUGAAAUUAGGAGGCAAUGGACCAGUUAUUGCUAAGAGAAUGGUUGAAGAGGGGGCUGAGGUUUUACUGGCUAUCCAGAACGAGAAGAUAUACCGGGACAGAAUAAUAAAAGAAAUUAAGAUGCCCGGUGAGACUGUGGAUACAGAAAGUGAAGAUUACGACCUGCAUAUUAUUCUUGAGUUUGAUAAGGGAGACAAGUGGGGACCUUACAUGGCUACACGUGGAAACAGGUACAUUGUACACAGAGACCUCCACAACCCGCAACUCAAAGGUCUGGCUGCAGUCCGGUCCGCUGUUAAAGAUUUUAAACCUCAUCUUGUGGUACUGGGUGGUCUUCAGAUGCUAGACACUUAUCCUUUCACUGAGGAGGAACUUAAUGCUAGAUUAAACGAACUUGACGAAUUCCUGUCAGAGCUACCAUCUGAUACUUUGGUUCACUUCGAGAUGGCCUCUUUUGUUAACCCACACUUCUUGAAGAGGCUCACUGACGUUAUUCUACCUUACUCCGACUCGAUUGGAAUGAACGAACAAGAGCUUCCCAAUCUUAGUUCUCUUAUUAAAUCAGGAACCAUCGUUUACAUCAGCGACAGCAAGAUAAAAGUCUCCCAAACAAUGGACCACACCCGUGAACUGUUAGCUAUCCUCAACGACCUGCCUCGACACAAGCCCCUAACUCGAGUACACAUUCACACCCUGGCUUAUCAAGCUGUGUUUACUGUCAGGGAGAAUGAUAAGUGGAUGAGUGGAAUAACAACUGCUGUUAAAUCUAGCCUCACUGCUACCAGAUACGUAUGUGGAGAUGAGAGUAUAGACUCUACCAAGAUAAAGAUGAUUCUAGACGAGUCGUUCUCCUCCUCCUCUAUACCUGGUUCUCAGAGGAUCCCCAUUAUUGACUCUACCCCUGUCAGCUGCUGGCCUGACGGUCCUUACGAGAUCUGUCUAGCUCCGGUUCUAGUUUGUACACAGAUAAAACAAACAGGUGGUGGUGGUGAUAACCUGACCGGGGUGGGACUACUUUACCACCUCAAAUAGGUGAUAACCUGACCGGGGUGGGACUACUUUACCACCUCAAAUAGGUGAUAACCUGACCGGGGUGGGACUGCUUUACCACCUCAAGUAGGUCUGUUUCGUGGGCUUCAGUAAGAAUCCUCAUGUCAAGUCUGAUUUACUGGCGAUGUAUGGUUAUUGGUUAAGCGUAACAAUUUACAUCAAAAAACUUACUACUCUUCGAUAGAUUUUACCUUCGAAGAUGGGAACAGUAUAAGCUCAGGAUGAAGCAAUGUUUUGCUGAUAAUUCUGAUAUAAUUUAUUAAAAAUUAAUUUUUUUCAUCGCUCUUCUUUUGAUGAUAAUUCUUAUUGUUUAUAAAACUUGCUUUAAAUGCGUGAUAAAUACAAUCUUUUGCGUGAUAAAUACAUUCUUUUGCGUGAUUGGUAGUAGUGAACUAUGGACUCAGAAGAAAUAGAUUUAUAAGUUAAAUAGUCCUUAAAAUAUGUACAGUUUUUUAUCAAAUAUAAAUGAAAUGAGUUUGUGCGUUUGUGCGUUUAUUUGUUCGCUUGAUGUAUCUCAUAAUAUCAUUACUAUUAUUACUUUACAA